AUGUUCCCGGACGAUGAUGACGUGGCAGAUGACAGGGACGGGCGAGAUCAGAUGGGUAACACAGACGGUGGCGAAAGUCGCGCGCUUUUCGCGGAAGUGACUUUACAGACGCUAGGAGCCGAAAACAGCCUAGGAGAGGAAAAAGCGGCUGAGGGAGGGCGAAACGCAGUUUCCUUAGGAGCGGAAAGCGCUUUUGUGGAGCGGAACGCACAGACAAGUCCCGACGGGUCGCAGAUGCCGAUGCUACACAGAAACGAUGCUUCUUAUAGAGGAGUCGAAGCGUCCAGAGAGGCUAUUCAUGGUUCGCUGAGGCGGCGCGAGGGGCGGGGGACGCGGGGAGCAAGGAGGGCGCGGAGCCUUCCGCCGAACUGCAGCGGCCUUCUUGCGGAGGAGGAAGGGGACUCCGCGGAGUCCGCGCGGGCGGCGGAAAUUGUCGCCGCAGGGGGAUUGGCGCGAAGGGCGGAAAGCGGCGGAGCAGCCAGCGGGAUUAGUCCGCGCACUUGCCGGUCGCAGAGUCCGCGUGGGAGGCGGAAAGGCGGAAGGGCUGGCGGCGGGCAUGCGACGAUUUUCGGCGACGAAAACGACUCUUCUGCGACGGCGGGGCGGAGCUGGUGGACCGCCGACGGUGCCCCCGCGGCGGAUGCGGCGUCAAUCACGGCGAGCGACGCGGACAGCGGAGUAUCUUCCGUUCGUCUUCGCAAUCAACUCGACGGCGCGAGAUCGCCGUGGGAAGGCGGCGCGGGGCGCGCGCUGGUGGACGUGGAGCGGCGCCAAUCGCGGAGUUUGGACGGCAACGGACGGCUGCGCGAUGCGGCGGCCGGCAGGACGGAAGGCGGAGACGGCAACUCCAAUCGCUCGACAGCAUUUUCAAAACGGACGCCGGCGGCUGUAGCUGCUGUCGAAACCGAAGCGGCGGUUCAGGGAAAGGCGGCUACAACGAGAGCGGGAACGAGCGCAUCUGAGGGGGGCGGCGCAAGUGCGGCAGCAAGAGAUGCACGAGCGGACGCUCCGGAUGACGUGGCAGCACAAGCGCAAGUGGGGCGCGCGCAAGGAGGAGGGCCGGCGGAGCAGGCGGAGAAGGCGGAAGGCGGCAAAGGGGGAGAAGGCGGUGGCGGAGAGUGCGCAGCGGAGCCCCGGAGGGGCGAUGUCAGACAGGGGAUAGGGGGAGGCGGAAAGCGGAUAGGCGCAAGGGGGCAUGGGGGGAACACGGUGGGCGGAGGAGCAGCAAGGGAGGCGAGCGAUAGGGAGCCCCGAUUCGACCAGCUCUCCUCCACCGACUCGUCCUGCUCCCCUGACCUCGUCUUCUCCUUCCAAACCCCUCACACCACUGCACACUCCCUCCCCUCCUCCCCCCUCGAUCCCUCCUCUUUCCUGGACUGCACGCCGUCCCUCUGUGCUCCUCCACCCUUUCUCACUCUCUCGUCCGAGAAGAGAGGGAGUGGUGGGGAGGGUGAGGUGAUUGCAGGGGGUCUGACAGCUAUAGAGGAAGGUAAGGAGGGCACUGAGGUGGGUGCAGCUGCAACUGCUGGUGUAGAUGCUGCGGAUACUUCUCACGCGCUUAGUCGGCUCUCCUACGUGUCAUGGAUUGGCCGUCUACGAGGAGAGUCGAAGCUAGCGCCUGAAUGGGGCCCGAUUUUGAGGCACUACAAAACCGCGGAUGACAUCAAAGAGGAAAGCUCUAUUUAUGACAUGAUCGAUGUGGACAAAGAAGGCCGACCACUGAUCACAGUCGUGUUGCCAGAUCAAGACCUUGUCGGCAACUCCAAAGCAUAUGCUUCCUUCAUCCACAGAAGCCUGUGUGAAAAGUUUGUCCACUUGCGACAACCAACGAACGGAUCAGAUUCAGUCCGUCUGGGGGAUCCGACGGUUCCAAGCUCUGCGGUGAACCAGUCGUCAGAUUUUACCCAUGUUGGAGUGACACAAGAUGUCCAUCAGCCGAAGAAUCUCAAUGAUCCCCGCACCCAGCUUCUGGAAGAAACAUCUGACAGCUUGUAUUGCUCUACCUUCAGUGUGUCACUCGAAGGGAUCAGCACCACCGCCAUUCAUGACUCAAGUCAUGAAGAUAUAAGCUUAUCAGCAGCAGACAGCAUACCCGAUAGCACCACAUCUGAUACUACCCAAAGUCAUCAGCAUCACCACCAUGGCGUCAUCACAAGUCAAGGUCUGCUGGUGCUGGCAGCGCCAAAGCCCCUGCUGCCUGCCGUGCUGCGCUGGCUGCAGCAGCAGGGGUGGGUGCAGUGGAUCGCCCCCCGACCCCGCUCCCGCCUGCAGAACCGCUGGGCCUCGGCUGUCACUCAGAGCGGCACCUCCGUUGGCUUAGACGACGACCCAGGGUUCGGGUCGCCAGGGUCAGGCAGCGAAGGAGGUGGUAGUGAGCAGCAGAGGAGUGAGUUUGGGGCGGCGCGGCCGAUGUGGAGUGCGGGAAUUACGGGGUUUGGGCAGAUUGUGGGGAUCGGCGACAGUGGCAUCGACAUGCAGAGUUGCUUCUUCCGUGAUGACGCUGUGCCGCUACCAGGCCCCGCGCACCGCAAGGUGGUGCAGUACCGGGUGGUGAACGGAGACACAGUGGACGAGCUGGGGCACGGCACCCACGUGGCCGGCUCCGUGGCAGGCGCUUGCUCUCAGCAACAGCAAGCACAGCAACCACAGCCGGGGCAGCAGCAGGGGCAGCAGGGGCAAGCGGGGCAAGAGCAGGGGGGGAAGGGGCCGGAGAGUGUGGGUCUGUAUCCUGGCAUGGCGCCUGAUGCGCGCAUUGCCUUCACUGACAUGGGCGAGGGCGAUGUGGGGUACAUCAUGCCGCCUGGUGACCUGGGCAGUGGGUACUACGGGCAGGCAAUGAAGGCCGGCGCGUUGAUCCACUCGGACUCGUGGGCAGCAGGAGUGUUCGCAUACGACUACAUGGCACAGUCAGUUGACCGAUUCACAUUCAACAACCCUAACUUCCUCCCAGUAGUCGCGGCAGGCAACAUGGGUUCUGUCCACCGAGACUCAGUCUCCAUCUCAUCGCCUGCCCUCGCCAAGAACUGCCUCACGGUGGGCGCAACCCUUGGCAGUGUCGGCUCCUCCCCGCCUCUCCUCGCCACGCCCUUCAACCUCUCCAUCCUCGCGCCCUCCCCCUCUCUCCUUCCCUCCGACCGCGCCUGGUACCCCCUCCUCUCGCACGCCUUUGGCGCGACCUUUCAGUCUGGCCUAUGGGAGGAGGGGGUGGCGUGGGGGUUGGUGAGGGGGGAGCCAAGGGAUGGGUGCAGAGCGGUGCGGGGCGGUAGUGGGAGCACGGGAGGGAGUGUGGCUGGGUUGAUUGUGCUGCUCGACGCGGGGAACUGCCUGUUUGCGGAUAAGUUCAGGAACGCGCAGGCAGCAGGAGCAGCAGCAGCGGUGAUUGUGGCCAACGACACUCUCGGCUACUUCCCCAUGGCUGCUCCCUUUGGUGCUGACCCCAGCAUCACCAUCCCAGGUGGCUCUGUACCGCAAGCAGUGGGCGCCAUUCUAGAUGCGGCUCUCAGGAGGGGCCAGCCUGUGCAGGUGUCCAUCUCGCCCCUGGUAGUGUCCCUUGCCUUCCGCCCAGCCAGCAUGGCUCGCUUCUCCUCGUGGGGUCCCACACCUGAUGGUCGCAUCAAGCCCGACAUCUCUGCUCCAGGGGAGGGCAUCUGGUCAGCAAAGAGCAACCCCAACCUUCGCCAGCCAUCGUGCGCCCUCACACAGAUGUCAGGCACCUCAAUGGCCACGCCCAUCACUGCAGGCUCGGCUGCUCUACUCAGGCAAUACUUCAUGGACGGCUUCUACCCCACUGGCCAGAGGGUUCCAGCCAAUGGUUUCGUGCCAAGUGGCAUGCUGCUCAAGGCCACGUUGAUAAACGGAGCCAUGCCUCUCACAGUUGGAAACGGUGACCGCUACCCUAUAGACGCACCUCCCUCCAUGAACCAGGGCUUUGGUCGCGUGCACCUGGGCAAUGCUGUGCCUGUAGCGGGUACAGCAUCCUUCACUACAGUGGCAAUCGAGGGUCCUGCCCUGAAGACCGGUAACGGUUACCGCAUCUGCUUGCUGGUUGAUCCUGAGAGGAGCGAUGGCGGAACAGGGAGCGAGGAUGUCAAAAUCACACUCACCUGGUACGAUGCACCGGCAGCACUGGUGGCGAAUCAGAACGCAGCGACACCGCUGCUGGUGAACAACCUGGACCUCUCAGUCACCUCCCCCACGGGCCACACCUUCUUUGGGAAUGGGGGGCUGGCCCCUGAUGCCCGCAACACUGUUGAGCAGGUGCUCAUCACAGCGCCACAGCAAGGAGUGUACACAGUGGACGUGAGAGCAGUGCAGGUCAACAUGCCCAUGCCAGGCACGGGACCAAGCUCCACCUCAGACGCCUCUCCAGCCAACCCCUCAGGCAGCCCCACAGCCAGGGCCUUUAGCAGGUCCCCUGGCAAUAAACCUAGCAGCCCCCCUAGCAGCAGGGACGGCGGGCAGCGUUUUGCCGUGGCUGCCAGAGGCCCCAUCACUCAAGUCGACUGCCUCUAUGUGCAAGCGGAUCCCCCUCCCCCGCCCCUAUCCAACAGCCCCUCCCUCUCCAUUCCGCUCCUCUUCCCCGCCAGCCCUGCCACCACUGUCCUCUGCGGCCUCACUCGGGGUGGGGCGUUGGGUAGUGUGGGAGCGGGAGCAGGAGUGGCAGGAGGGGAAAGCGGAUGGCUGGACCAAGGGGCAGAGGAAGGGGCGGCAGGAGAAGUCGGAGAGGAAGGAGGAGGGGUAGCAGCAUUGGGAGGCGCAGGGGGAGAAGAGAGUGGUGUGGUGGUGCUGCCUUGGGGGUCGUGCACCUCGCCUGUCACCUUCCCAUCCCUCGAUACUGGCACCUACGUCUUUUCAGCACAGCUCCUAGACACCUCCUACACUAACACCCUCAUCAGCCCUCCUUACAGAACCACCUUUGCGGUAGAUCUCGAUGCACCUACCACCACACUCUCCUCUUCUUAUACUCCUGCCACCACCGCAACCGCUUCUUUCACCUUCUCUUCCACAUCUGCUGACGUCAGCCACUUCCAAUGCCAGCUCAGCGCCUCGUCGCUCUCGCCUCCCCCCACCGACCCCAUCACCCCGCAGCCAAUCACGUUCGGCGAAGCAACCAGCAUCCCCACCGGCCUGCUCGAAUGGCUGUUUCCCCCCUCUAUAGUCACACAGAGCGAGCAGCUCCCAGCCACAAGCCCAGGAGGACAAACCCCUCGUUUAGAUCACACCCAGGGAACCACUACUUGGGCUAAUUGCAGCAGCCCAGUCUCUUACCCUGGAAUCUAUGACGGUAGCUAUGCUUUCUCCGUGAGAGCUGUGGACCAGGCUGGGAAUGCGGAUCCCAACCCCCCUAUAGUCACAUGGGCGCUCGAUACUGUCCUGCCGAAAGCCGUGAUUCUAGAGGCGCCGGUGGUGUAUUCGAACCAAGGGAGUGUUCGGCUCGCGUUCGUGCUUGAUAGCGAAGUGCAGUCUGCACAGACGAGGGGCAUGCAGAUGGCAUUCCAGGCGCUUCAGCCACCAAUGGUUGAGUAUCUGAACCAGCAAAGCGUCCCAUUCGUGUUAGACUCACAGCCAGCGGACUUACAGGAAUUCCAAAGCUCACAAGAGUCACAAGGGUCACAAGAGUCACAACCACUACAGUCACCAGAUUCAGGGCCAGCAGAGUGGAGCUGCAUGCUGCAGGCGUGGAGUGGUGCCACGUCCCCUCCUCCCCUCUUUGACUGGCGCAGCUGUAGUAGCCCCUUCCUGAUGGGGCUGGACAGUAGCAGCAGCAGUGACAGCAGCAGCAGUGGCAGCAGCAGCAGUAACAGUAGUGACAGCAGUGACAACAGUGGCAGCAGCAGUGGUAACAGCAGUAGCAGUGACAGCAACGGGUGGUAUCUCUCUGCACCGCUUCCAGACGGCACAUACCUCUUCAGUGUGCGUGCCACGUCAGCAUGGAACCGCCACGGCCUCAACAACGCAUCAGCCAGAGCAGCUUUCACUGUCGACGCUACACCUCCACGCAUACUGCUCCUCUCCCAUCCCCCCCGCGUCCUCAGUCAACCCCAGGCGACUUUCUCCUUUCUCUCCCCCAAAAUGGUCACCUUCAGCUGCCGACUCACCACCUCUCCUUCCCUUCAACCCGCUGACUCCUCCACUUCCUCUUCUCCACUUACUACCUCUUAUCCCUCUUCUUUAUCCUCUUCCUCAUCUUCCUCCUCCCCCUCCACUUCACCCCUCUCUUCCACCAUUCCCCUCUCGCCAUGUGUCAGCCCCGUGCGCUACGACCUGCCAGAUGGCACGUACACGUGGCAGCUGUCAGCUGUGGAUUGGGCUGGGAAUGAAGCUGAACCGGUGGUGCUGGAAUUCAUAGUCGACAGCACACCGCCAACAGUGGAAAUCCUGUCUCUCUCUGUCUACAGGCUGAUGGUUGUGGCGAGAGACAGAGGGGGUAUGAUCAGCAGCGUACCUGGUAUGAGCAGUUUCGCUUUAGAGGCACCUGUUGUGGUGACGGGUCUAAGGGAGGAAGGAGGAGGAGAGGGAAGCAGCCAAGUAGGUUCUCCUGAUACCGGCACCAAUGGUGGUAGACCCGUUUCACAGGCUGCUGCUGCGGCUGCUGCUGCUGCUGUUCCUGGUGUGGCAUUUGUCGCUCCCCUUCCACCCGCAUACAGCAACAACAGCUCAGCCACGCUCCACUUCAUCACUAUGCGCAGCAAUGCAACGUCCUCAAACGAGGACGCACUGAAUCAGCCUACAGCUCCUUCUGAAUGCAUCCUGCUUACCACCCCCCUCCUCCUCUCCACGCCUUAUCAACCGUCCACGCCUUCCCAGUCUCCUUCCCCGCCUCCCCUCCUCGCAUGGCCAUGCAGCAGUCCCACCUUCCUGCACUCCCUCCCAGACGGCCGCCACCAGCUCUGGGUGCGACUGCUGGGGGAGCAGCGCAGGGAGGGGACUUGGACAGCUUUCUCCUGGACUUUCGUGCGGGUGCUGGGGAGAGAGGAGGAAGGAGGGAGUGGGGUGGUGCGUCUUGAGUGUAAAUUGGAGGCGAUGAUGGGAGGAGGGGGAGCAGGAGAUGGAGGGGAAGGAGGUGUAGAGGGGAGAGCAGGCACCAUUGGAGGCACCUCCACGUGGCAGGCUUGCAUUGGCUCGUUUCCACCUGCACCCGACACGCCACCGACCAAUCACAGCACAGACAGCUCCACCUCUCAACUGACAGCUGACGUCACCCUCGCCUCUCUCCUCCCCUCCCCAUCCAACACUCUCCCUGACAGCGCGUGUGCAUUCAGUGCUGCCCUCCCUGACGGUGUCUAUGCCUUCACUGCUAGAGCUGUGGAUGCAGCAGGGAAUGCGGACCCAAACCCACCCUCAGUGUGGUUUGUGGUCAGUUCUUGGGCGAUAUCCCUGGCUGGGUUGGAAGUGGGAGACCAGGGAGGAGGUGAAGUGGGGAGCGAGGGAGUGGAUGCUGCUGCCAGUGUUGGCAAUGCUGUUACUGGUACCACUGCAGGCACAUACUCUCCGUCCCGCCUUCUCUCCACCGCCUUCCCAUCAGUUGCCAUUGCAUGUGACGGCCGCUGCACUGCCAUGCUGCCUGCCCCAUUUCUCUGUGAGCCUCCACUUCCUCAAAAAGACACAAGCCUGACUCAAUCCAGCCCACCAUCAACAGCACCAUCCCUGUCCCCAUCCGCAUCCGCAUCCUCGUCACCCCAUUCUUCACCACCACCUGCCUGCACCACUCUAGAGUCUCUCGUUGCACCCAGCACUGCCAGCAGUGGCGGGUUCAAGGUGCUGGUUUCAAGGGGAGAGGAACUGAAGGGAGGAUCCCUGGAUGGGGGUGUAGCAGCAGCACCGAGUCCAGCAGCAGAAGAGGCAACCUCUGCUUCUCAAGAAGAACAGGCGCCUGUGCUAUUCAACGUGCUCUCUGACGUCGUAUCCUUCACCUUCCCCCCUGCUCUAACUCCCAAACACGACUCUCACCCUCCUGCUGGUGACCUGAGAGUGGGCCCUGCCUCCCAGUCCCACCCUGCCCUUGCAUCGCCUCUGCUCAUGAUCGGAUUCUCCCUGCCAUACCUAUGUGACCCAAGCAGCAGCGACACUCCGUGCUCUGACCUUGGUAACCCUCCAGUGGACGGAUGGCAGCUGCUGGACACGCGACUGCUCUGGCAGCAGCAGCAGCAGCAGCCCGCCGUGGCCACCUUCUCUGCCCUCCGCCCUGGGCUCUACGCUGUGGCGGUGCAAGAAACGAGCAAUCAAGUCCCUUCCACUCUCACCAGCGCCCCACCAGCCAUGAGAAUGAGCUCUCCUGCUGCAUCCAGCAAGGCGUGGGUGAUAGCGCUAGCAGUCUCACUUGGUGUGGGUGCUCUCGUGGUCGCAGUGGGGCUUGCGGUGCUGUUUGUGCGGGUUAGAGGCCGUGCCAGGGUUUCACCGCACCUGCGCAAAUGA